AUGACAUGUUCUUCUUCAAGCUCUCAAAAGAAAAGAACAAUGUCGGAUGUUGAUGAUUUUGAGGGUGUUGGGGAGGUUCCCAACUGGGCUCCAUUCAACUACUUGGUGGAGGCAGCAACAAUGGCGUUUGAAGAAAUCCGCAGAGAAGAAGAGUUGAUCAAAGAAAGAAAUUGCAGGACCAAUCUUGGUUUUUUCUUGCGCCCACUGGGUGUGCGUUGCAAAGAGUACUCAUUCGAGAACCUUUUUGGGCUUUCAAGCCCUGAUGAUGACUCUGUCUAUGGAGAAUCGCUGACAGAGCCAAUACUCCCUCUGAAUCUUGUCGCAAGAAAGGGUAAAAGAUCGUUGAGAACGAAGAAGUCUUUCAACAAAAUCACUUUCAGAGGCCCAGUUGAUACACAAAAGGGUGAAAGAUUGAUUUAUGAGAAGUCUUUCAUGGAGUCUGUGACUGAUUCUGUUGAUAUCAACAUGGAAGAAGGGUUCAUGACACAAAAGAUUAUCAAUAAACCAGAUAAAGAAGCCACAAAGACUUGCCCGAAACGCCGACGCCAUGAGAGCAAAGAGACAGAGCCAGAAGAGGCAAGGGUAAAGAAGAAGGUAAAGAGGAACAUGAAUGCAAUGCCAGAAAUUCUACCAAACUUAUCGCCAGAGUUGCCUAUAGAGUUCAGGAUUCUCAUUCAGAAUAUGGGUGGUUCUCAGGAGAUGUUGAUCAUUCAAAAGCCAUUGUACAAGACAGAUUUGAGUCGAAGCCACGGUCGUUUAUCGAUCCCACAAAGCCAAAUCAAAACUGAUUUUCUCACAGCAGUCGAGAGAGAGCUUUUGAACGAAUCAGAACUGAAAGUGAAGUUGAUUGAGCCAUGCCUUGAGCACUCCUACAUACACUUGAGGAAGUGGGACAUGAAUACCAGGGCAAUUUACGUAUUGGUGAAUAGUUGGAACGAGGUUUUAUCGAAGAAGAAGAAUGGGCUCGAAGAAGGUAUGAUGGUGCAGCUAUGGUCCUUCCGGGUGGACUCUGAACUGUGUCUGGCUCUUGUUGUAAUUUAG